AUGGCGAAGGAGGCUCCCGAAGCGGAGCCACUCCGCCAGCGGAACGGCUUUGUGGGUAUGCUUUACGGGGAGUUUACGGACACGCUCGACGACAAGGUACGAUACUCCGUGAGCCUGACGGAGAGCGCCCUGACCAUUCAGAGGAUCUCGUCGUCUCCCGGCCGGGCUAAGGUGGUCUUCAACUUGACGGAUUGCAUCGGCUGCCGGGCGUACAGAGGAACGGACAGCUCGGACGUCGGCGCCUACUUUACUGCUUAUUUUUACCCCUUAAAACGGCGGUGGAUGAGCGCCGGCGUGGCCCGUCAACGAGUGGAGCAGUGCUUUCGGGUGGCGCUGGUCCAGGACCCCCGGACAAACCUGCGGGAGGCUGAAAGGUGGGCUUGUGCCAUCAGGGAUGCCUCCGUGCAGCAGGCGCCCCGGAAAGACGGUGAGCAAGGUCACAUUGUUUAUGUUCAGGUGCGACGGCCUUGCAGAGUCAUGAUACUGGUGAACCCUCUCAGUGGAAGGGGACAGGCUCUCCAGCUCUUCACCGGCCACCUGCAGGGCAUGCUGAAUGAAGCUGCAGUCCCCUACACGCUUGUCAUCACAGAGCAUCAGAACCAUGCGCGUGAGCUGGUGAAAAAGGCAGACUUGUCACAAUGGGACGCUCUGGUUAUCAUGUCGGGAGAUGGGCUACUCUUUGAGGUGAUAAAUGGUCUGAUGGAACGUGAUGACUGGCAGGAGGCCAUCCAGACCCCUCUGGGGAUUCUGCCGGGUGGCUCCGGCAAUGCUCUGGCUGCCUCGAUCCACCACUACUCUCAGUCACCCCCUGCAUGGAAUGAAGAACUCCUUCUGAGUUGUGGCUUCAUGCUGUGCAAGGGCCUGGUCGGUUCCAUGGACUUGGUGUCCAUCCACUUGGCGUCCAAACAGCGUAUCUUUUCCUUCCUGUCCCUAGCUUGGGGCUUUGUGGCCGACGUGGACAUCGAGAGCGAGAAGUACCGCCACGUUGGCGCCAUUCGUUUCCUAAUGGGCACCCUGGUGCGUCUUGCCGGUCUUCGAGUUUAUCAGGGCAGGCUGGCGUACUUGCCUGUGAAGGAGAAACCAAAACUUUCGUCCACGCCACAGCGCCCCUCAUUCGACGGCAAAACCCGAGCACCCGUAGACUCUUUACUACCGGGACUGGACCAGCCGGUUCCAGAAAGCUGGACUGUUGUAAAGUCGGAGGACUUUGUCUUGGUGCUGGCGAUCUACCAGUCUCACCUGGCUGAGGACUUGUGGGCAGUCCCUGGAGCCAUGGCGGACGACGGAAUCAUACACCUCUUUUACGUGACUGCCGGAAUCUCCCGGCCAGCACUUCUGCGCCUCUUCCUCGCCAUGGAGAAGGGAGCGCAUUUAGCAUGCGGCUGCCCCCACUUGGUUUACGAGAAGGUGCGGGCCUUGCGGCUUGAGCCCAUCUCUCCAGAGGGUGUGAUCACAGUGGACGGAGAGACGGUGGAAUACGGGCCGGUUCAGGCUCAAAUCCACCCCGGACUGGCCAGACUCAUUUAUGGAUGA